GGCCACUCGGCGCCGCGCUGAGAGCCCGCGGGCGGCUGUGACGCCCACCUGCCGCCUACGGCUGGCGGCAGGGGAGGGAGGGAGGACAGGGAUAAACUUCAAACUUGGCCGAGCGGGCGGGCAGGGAGCAGCAUGGAUGUGUCCGUCGUCCCUCGGUGCUGACUCGCAGCCCGCGGCGCGCUGUGGGGCGGGCGCUGCCCGAGGAGCUUGGCGCGCCGCCGCGCCGCUUCCUCCGCCGCCGGCCAUGGUGCGUGUGGGGCGCUGGGCUCAGCCCGGCCCCUGAGCGCGACGCCUCCCCCCGCUCCGCUCCAGGGCUGCCGCCGCUUCCCCGCGCCCCCGCCCGCCGCCACCUGCCUCUCCGCCGCGCCGCUGUCGACCUGAGGCCCUGGGCAUCGCCUUCUCUCCGCGCUGCAGCCCGCCCGCUAUGGAGCCGCCCGCGGGAAGCUGGCGGGAGUGAGCCCCGCUUUUCCCACCGACCCCGCUGGCCGCCCCCUCGGCGCCCGCGCUCGCUCCGAUGGAGCCGGAGGAGACGCCGCUCGCUCCCCCGAAGACCAUGCUGCUUAUGCUGAGGAAAGUUCGCAAGAGGCGGGAGAUGCUGCUGCAGCAGCUGGGCUUCAUCUGCGCCAUCCUCUUCUUCGCCUGGUGCAUGUCCAGCCUGCUCUCCAGAGCGGGACGAGAACCAAUUGUUGCAGAAAGAGGUACCAUAUCAGAACUGUGGAGGAAUAGAAGGUUGAUGGCAUCACCUAAUGGGACACAUGAAGAGAAGAACUGUACAGAGCCAGCCAUUCAUGAAUUUCCUGAAGAUAUCUUUACAAAUAAAGAACGUCGGCAAGGAGGAAUUCUGCUUCAUAUCAUUGCUGCUCUUUAUAUGUUCUAUGCUUUGGCCAUAGUAUGUGAUGACUUCUUUGUUCCAUCCUUAGAGAAAAUAUGUGAGAAACUACAUUUGAGUGAAGAUGUUGCUGGAGCCACAUUCAUGGCAGCAGGGAGCUCCACUCCAGAACUGUUUGCAUCUGUUAUAGGUGUAUUUAUCACUCACGGAGAUGUAGGAGUAGGGACCAUUGUUGGUUCAGCAGUUUUCAACAUCCUCUGCAUUGUUGGUGUCUGUGGAUUGUUUGCAGGACAGGUGGUUUGUCUUACCCAGUGGGCUGUGUUCCGGGAUUCUGUAUACUACACGAUAUCUGUGAUCGUACUUAUUGUUUUCAUAUAUGAUGAGAAAAUAGAAUGGUGGGAAAGCCUUGUACUCAUCAUUAUGUAUUUAUUCUACAUACUUAUUAUGAAGUACAAUGUGAGGAUGCAAAAUUUCUUCACCCUUAGAAGUAAGAAUGUGGGAAAUGGUGACACAGUCAAUGAGCUAGAAGAUGGUAAUAAAUGUUAUGCUUCUAGUUGUGAUGACCCAUCCAUUCCGUUACUAUGGAAAGUGAAGGGGACACAGCAGUAUGGCAAAAAUAGUGUUAUGAUGGUGGAUGAGAUCAUCUGCUCCAGUCCCCCCAAAUACCGGUUCCCUGAAGCUGGCUUACGGAUUAUGAUUACGAAUAAGUUUGGACCACGCACCAGAAUGAGGAUGGCAAGCAGACUCAUCAUUAAUGAGCGUCAGCGGUUAAUCCAGUCUGCCAAUGGUUCAAGCAAAGCACUUCAGAACAGGAGACAAGAGAACAUUGAAAAUGGAAACAUCCCUGUGGGAAACCAAGAGGAGGAAAAUGAACAGGACACUCUAACUCCAUUUUCAGUGCCAGGUGGAAAAAUGAACAAAGUUAAAUGGUUUUUGACAUGGCCAUUGAUAUUCUUGCUCUUUGCCACCAUUCCAAACUGCAGCAAACCACGCUGGGAGAAGUGGUUUAUGCUGACAUUCGUCUUAUCCACUUUCUGGAUUGCCUUGUUCUCCUACUUCAUGGUGUGGAUGGUGACUGUGAUUGGAUACACCCUUGGGAUACCAGAUGUGAUCAUGGGCAUUACUUUCCUAGCUGCAGGAACAAGUGUCCCAGACUGCAUGGCCAGCUUAAUAGUAGCAAGACAAGGCCUUGGUGACAUGGCAGUGUCCAAUACAGUAGGGAGUAAUGUCUUUGACAUUCUGGUGGGACUUGGCAUUCCAUGGGGUUUGCAGACCAUGGCGAUCGAUUAUGGAUCAACUGUUAAGAUAAACAGCAAAGGACUGGUCUAUUCAGUUGGACUUUUGCUAGGAUCAGUGGCACUUACUGUGUUUGGAAUCCAUGCAAAUAAGUGGAAACUUGACAAGAAAUUAGGCAUCUACGUGUUGUUUCUUUAUGCUGUUUUCCUGUGUUUAUCUAUAAUGAUAGAGUUUAAUGUCUUCACCUUUGUCAACUUCCCUAUGUGCCGAGAAGAACUUUAAACCACAAUGAGGAGAGAGGCUGAAAUUCUUCUGAUUAUACAUGCUGUAAAUGGCAGGAGGCAUUUCACAUUUUUACCUUCUUUCCAUCAGUAAUUUGAGUGUCGUUCCUGCUUCAUCAGCUAACAAGCACUUUUUCCUAUAUGGAAGGAAAGCAUACCUUCCUUUUAACAUGCUAGCUCAAGGCAACCAAAGCAUUUUCCUCCUCUUUGGGUACUGCUGCUCAGACAUAAAGCUACGUGGAUCUUAUGCAGCACUCUAAAAGGACCUGUUUCUGGGCAUUCUGUUGUGGUUUUCAUUCUCCUUUUGCAGACAAUCAACCAUCACCAAGGUUAGCAAGAGGACAGGAAAAAAAUCUUUAUAGUUCUUUUGGUUUUGACAUUUACUUUCCAUGGAAGGAUAAGAGGCAAGUUCAGAACUUUUCUUGGCUCAUUCAAAAUAUCUCAGCUACAGGACCGGAAAGUCCAAGGCACAUAUCAUGGCAUGCACUGUUGAGGACAUCAUUUCCCUUUCAAGUGCUCUGCUUAUAGAGGAACUUCACUGACAGUUGUUGAUGGCAGUGUUGGAUAUUUAUCACUCUGUUCAAUGAACAUGAACAACGUGGCAGAGAAAGAAGAGGAAAUGGUUGUAUGUUGUAUCACUUGUGAUGAUGCACACUAGAAGUCAAGAGUAUCUGCAUACUGAAGAAGAGAAUUACAUGCAGAAAUUCAUACUUGAAAAAUAUGUUUUAUUGUUAAUGAGGAAUGCUGUACACAUAAAUAUAAACUGGCAUUUGUGGAAUAUUACACCACAAAAAACUUUGCAUUGGCCAUUGUAAGCCCAUUGUGUAAAUUUAGAAGAAACUAAACAAAUAAAAUAAAACUGGGUGCUCAGUAACUAUCAGUUGUUGUUAUCAGCUGAGAGUAGUAUCUGAACAUAAUCCAGACUUUCUGACAACAAAACCCACCCUGAUUAUGAUUUGAUUUGAUUCAAUUUGAUUGGUGGGAGGAAGAAGCUUAUUUCAUCAGUCAAGAAACUGGUGUAUUCUUCAAUUUUUCUUUAUUCCCAGAAGCUUAAUGAAGAUGAGUGUCUGUCGUGGAGCAGUGCAGAUAAGAAUCACAUAGACAAAAGCAAGUCUGUCAAGAGAAUAUGGUCCUUGAUUUGAUUGCAUGCAAGUUUUGAAGCACAAUAUACUUCUUUUCAACUCCGAGUAGAAGCCAAGAUUUGACAUCCUUUCCACCAGCAUUAAUCUGAUGUAAGGAAUUACUCUAAUGUAAUUGACAGCAAGAUUCAGCCCAGAGUAUUGAAAUAAUGGGUAACAUUCCACAUUGUAGUGGUCAUACAAUUGCAAAUCACUGAGACAGCAUAUUUUGAAUUGCUACUAAACUUUAAAAAUAUUUUGAAGCUGUAUGUGAAUGAUCACAUAAAGUUUCUAAAGAAGCACAGUUAACUUUAUACAUAGAUUUUUUUAAUUUUUUAAUAUUUAUAAACCAAACCUAUCAACUAACAGUUGAUGUGUUUUUAAAUAUAUAAAUAUUUCCAUUAAGACUAUAUAUAAAAAAUUGUGUCAAUGAGAACAUACUAUAAAAUAUUAGUAAAUAAGCACUUAUUCAGAAAGUUCCUUCUUUUAACAAAUCAUAAAUAAUUAUUUUUAGCCAACUGACAUGCAGAAUACUGUUUACACCAGGCAAUGUGUUUACAAUUAUGGCUAUUUUAAAAAUUAUUUUAGUACAAAUUAAGGAGUGUAUUCUGCUGUUGAAUUUUUUUUAGGAAUUGGAUCUUUUCAAUGUAAUCCUAAAGAAAAAAAGCAACACAUUUAUUACUUGCUUUACACUUUGUUACAAAUGUCAGUAUUAAUAUCCAUUUAGGGUUCAUAAUUUAAAAGUUUUGUCGUUAAACAAGCCAGUUCUAAAGAUGGCCACAAAUACAGCACUACUAAAAUGCUUUAUUAAAUAGGCAAGCAUGGCAGUAAAACACAUUUUAUCUCAACAAUGCCAAUGACCCCAUUUCCAGGCAUUCAAGACAUUUUUGCUGCAGUAUAAAGCUGAGGAGAUGGAAUUCAUGUUCAUCUUUGAGUCUUCUGUUGCAGAAAGGCUGUGAAAAUGCAGCAUACUGCUGCACCACUGUAGGAACAUCCCCUUCUAGUCUUACUCUCUCCCCUGCUGUCUUUCAGGACAGUUUGCUGCUGAAAAUAUGGUGAUGACUUAAAUAUAAGACUGAAAGGAGCAGAGAGAGGCUGAGUAAAUGUUCUUUUCCUAUAUUCUGCCGUUGUGUGGUCUUGGAGAACUAACUGUCUCCAACCAAAUAUUUGCUCUCCUGUGCAUGGUUCAGGCAGCUCAGAUGUCUUCAUACAGUAGAAGAGUGGUUCCAAAAUCAGAUUUUGAGUGCUUAGUGAAAGCUGAGUUGACAGUCAUGAGGGCAUCAAAGCUUAUAGUGCCAGAUCUAGCAAACUGUACUGUACCUUCGUAUUUCUGAACCAGUCAACUUUGGAAAAAUACAGGCACCAUUUUUUUCUGUAGCAGCUGACCCCCAGCCCAAACAUGCACAGAUUUUUGUCUGCUAAUGCUAUGAGUUCUUCAAACAUAAUUUAGAAUUACUCUACCUAAAUUGAAUAUCACCUGCUCCAGAAAACCAGUGUUGUGUUUAGCAAGGGUCAGUCUCAGAACAUAGUACUGCUAAAUCAUGUGGCUGGUCCUGUCAUCUACAACCCUCCCUGAAACAUAGACCCACUUCAGGACAAUUUAUAUUGAAUUCUAAUGUUGCAUUUCAUGAGAUGGUCUCAUGCAUAUCCUGCUAUGAGACAGGUAUCAUGCCAUGCUUAUAAUUAUAAAUAACCUUAGUAGGGUUCUCCUCUGACACCACCACAUGACCAAGGAUGUAUUGUUUGCCAAAGAAUUAUGAGAUGCUGUAUCAGGGCCUUGAUGACACAUUAUCAUAUGAAGUAGUUUAAAGGGUUCUUAAGUUGUCAUAAUCCAUAUGCUAAAAUAAAUAGAGUUAUACACCAAGCCAUGCGGGUAAACUGAAUGGUCCAAGAAAGAUCUGAUUGACAAAUCGUUGUGUGUCAGAUAAACCCACAUCAGAAUGUAUCAGUAAUUCAGUAGGCUGUUGCAGAGUAAUAACAAACUAGUGCCUUUCACGUGUAUCCAAAAAAAAGAAAAAAAAAAAAAAGAAAAAAUUUGCUUGCGUAGUCAGGAAACCAUUGCAAAUUUUGCCAUUUUCAAAUCAAGAAAAGGAGUGAUUUGUGCUUGGCUCUCUGCAAUUAGUACAGUUCUAUCCUGCAGCUGUUCAGAUUGUGUCUCAAAUUUUGUAGCCAUUUUGUUUUAUUAACCAUUGCAAGAGUUAGCUGGCUGAGUUUGGAAUGUGUGUCGCAGUAUUCUAUAAGUUAAUGUUCAGCUCAAGAGUGAAAAGAAAGCUGGUGGAUGUGAGAGGUAAAACUGUUAGUGUGAUCUGAAAUUUGCCAGCAUACUAACACUGAAAAGUAAUACAACUCAGAAAAAGAUAUCCCAUAUCCAGCAAAGCUUAACUUCAGCAGGUUUGAUUCCAUUCUUAAAGCUAAGCAUAUAUCCAAGUGCCUUGCUGGAUUGUGUCCUAAGAUGACAGUGGAGCACAGUUUUUGGGUUUUCUGUCAUAUUCAGAUCUUUUCAUAUUUUACUGGGUUUGUAGUAUAAGGAUUUUAUUUCUUUCUCAAAUUAUAAGGUUUAACCAGAGUCCGUGGACUUCUGCUCUGCUGAUACCACUUCCAGUUUCCACUCUUGUAAAUAGGAGAACACGUUCUUUGUCUCAGACUUUAAAACUGUGCAUCUGUCCUUGUGUGUAUGAGCGGGGGCAAAACUGAAUUAUAGCUGGCCAAGGAGGGCUUUUAGCAGCUCUUUUCUGCUGCAGUUCCCCUGGAGUAGCACAGUCCCACAUAGACCCACAGGUUGCAGUCCUGUCUGUAGCAAGCAAGUGGGAGUUUCCAUUGAGUUUGACAAUUUUUGAUUACAGUUAUUUACCGUAACAAUUGUACUGCAUUAUAAAGUAUUGCUUGUGUAAAGAUUUCAAGCUUAGGAUCUACAUGUCUAAAUCUAAGAAGCUACAGAUAUGGUUAUCUAUUUGAUGAUGUAAGGGCUGCUCUCUGGGCUGAGGUCUAGCCUAGAAGAACACCUUAAGUCUUCCCAACAGGUACAGCAUAGUCAACAUCUUUCUCCUGGCUCAGUCAUUGGCGUGCCAAUUUUAUUUUGUUUUUAUAUGCUUGCUGCAGCUAUAGCAAACAUAAAAUUAGUUUCUGGAUUUAGAUGAUAUUUGUAAACUUUCUGUCAACAUGUAAACAAAAUGGAAAAGGUCUUUACUAAUCUAAUACUUAGCAAUCAUAGAGAAGAUUCUAUUCUGUCUUUGAUUUCCCUUGUGACUGUGCUUUAAUUGCACUUGUUUAUAUUAUGUAUUUGCUCUAGUUGCACAAAUCCCACAUGGAUUUUGUUGUCUUCCUUUCUUGGAUUUCUUGCCAUUGUAAUGCCAUUUACUUGUGUCCUACUAUUAGUUGGUUUUGGUAGAGUGCUUUAAGCUGUAUGAAUACUGCCUGAUAAUUCAUGCCAAGGAAAGAUCAGACCUAAUGUAAUAUGAAUCAGACACUGAAAUAACUGAUAGCCAGGUGAAACCAAAGAGUCUUCCUAAUUGAAAUACAUCACCUUUAAGCAUAACAUUCUGUCAUUGCAAGCCUCAGAUCUCUCUCUAUUAGUUAUUUGUGUUUAAACACUCAGAAAAAAAAUCUGCAGCUCGUGCAUUCGCUACACAAUUUCCUUUUUAUUUCUUUGAGUCUGAACUCCAUAUUUUUCAUUUUAUUGGGUGGUGAGAUUUAUGUGAUGGUUACACAGGUAAAUGACAGCAUUUAGUUCCAGCAACUCUGUACCAAACCCUUUAUUAUUCUCUUGAACUAUUUUGAAAAGUCUGUAUGCAAGUGAUGGAUGUUCUGCUGAAGAGGAGAAUGCCAUUCAACUGAUAUGUGCAUUCCAGUUUCUGACCUACUGUGUGCAUAUUUAAAAACCUCCUUUUGAAUAACUUGAGCACAUACUUUUCUCACAUUUCCCCAUAUGUCAGGUUCUCAUGUUUACUCCCAAAAGAAAUCUGUGAAAUCUUAUACAUCCCUGUCCUGACAUGUGAGAUACAUGUAGCUGCUUCUGCACAGGCUGAGAUGUGUAAUGGUUGUGGCCAUUUGCUGCUCGUGUGGUUCUGCUUGCUGCCAUACUUCUGACAUACAGCGCACUGUCUGAAAGAAAUUAAUGAUUAUGGGAAAUUAAUACCAUUUGGAUAUUUUCUUAGAAGAAUUGCCUGUUUGAAUUUAAUCCCAUUUUUUUUUCUUUUUUACUUGCACAAUGAAUGUAGGCAAUCACUGCCAUCAUAUCAGUGAGGUGGUCUUGAUAAACUUGAAAGACAAAUCUAAAGAUUGAUUUAUAGCACUAGACAUGAUAACAAAUUCUAAAAGUAUCAGAGUAUAUGAAAACUAGACAGGUAUAAUCUCUAGAAAGAUUGAUAACAACAGUAAAGAUGCUUCCUUUGAGAGGAUUUUUACAGCAAGAUUAUGGCCUUCAUUCAUAUACCAAUUAUGUAUGCAAAGAACACUUGUAAAUCUCCUUCCCCAGCAGCACCUCUGUUUCAAAUAGGUGUAACUGCAGCAAAGUUGUGACCAAAUUCUUGCCUUCACGUUCUUGGGAGUGGUGACAGUGCUCGUUACUGUCCUGAUAGUUGGCACAAAUUUGUGUCAGUGGAACUGAGCAUAGAAUUUGGCUCACACUAUCUCCUCCAUUGCAAGAAAGUAUUUGAAAUCAUUUAUGAUCACUAAAACGAAUUCUGAACCUUUUAAAAACCUGUGUUUCGUACUUGCAGGCAUUUGCUGUGCACCUUUAGGAGGUGUGAUACCUCUUUAAAUAUUAUUAAAACUUUCUGGAACUGCUUACUUUGAAAACAGAAAGGGAUGGGUUUGUAAACUGUAAAUAACAGAAAUCUCUCAUGUUAUUUAUUUUUUCAAUGACUGUGACCUUAUGCACUGUGAAUGCUCUGUGAUAUGGGGUCCAUUGUACAGAUAAAUAUGUCAUGGAAUCCAAAUGGAUUUAAUGUGAUAAUUUGUUACAAAAUGUUGGCAUGAUAUUUGAUUAUUUUUGUUGUGAGAAUUAUAAAAAAUAGUUAACUCAGCAUUUAUAAAGAUUAUAGCAGUCAGUAUUAUAAUGCACUAUAUAAAAAUAUGUACACUAUCAAUAAAUUAUAUAAACAACUA